AUGCCGAUCCAACAGCCCGCGAACCAGAUCAAACUGACCAAUGUGUCGCUGGUGCGGUACAAGAAGGGCAAGAAACGCUUCGAGCUUGCAUGCUACAAGAACAAACUGCUCGAAUACCGAUCAGGAACCGAGACCGACCUCGACAACGUCCUGCAAGUACCGACCAUCUUCCUCAACGCUUCGAAGGGCGAGACUGCCCCCAACGCUGAACUCAUCAAAGCAUGGCCCAUGCCCGCUCAGAAUGAAAAACAAGAAGCUGGAUCAAAAGGCGGUGGUGGAAAGGGCGGGAAGAAGGGCAAGGGGAAAUCUACAACGGAUGAAGGGGAAGAUGAGAAGUCAUGGAAAGACGCCAUCAUUGAAGAAAUCUUGAAAAGGGGCGAGAUCCAAGUCAACGCCAACGAGCGCAAGGAACUACUAGAUAGAAUGGAGAGAGAGAUUGUGGAAGAAGUUGCCCAGAGACUCGUCGAUCCCCAGACAAAGAGGGUCUACACCACAGGCAUGAUCAAGAAAGGCCUAGACGUUCUCUCCAAACAAGGUGGUCAUGUUCCCUCUCAGGACUCGUUGGGUCAUAAACUCGGCAAGCUCAACUUGGGUGAAGGCGUAAAGAAGGGCGCUGCCGCACCAAAGGGAUCAAGCGAGACGAGCGGGCAAGCGACGCCGAUGACGGACGACGAUAAUGAGUCUGCCUCUGGAGGCAACUCAAAGGGCAAGAAGAGCGACAUGCCAACAUGGACUGGGGUCGUGACCAACAAGUCCGUUAAGCAGCAGGCUCUUGAAGCAAUCCGUGCCUUGAUCGCCUGGCAACCCAUUCCCGUCAUGCGUGCGCGUAUGAGACUGCGAAUCACCUGUCCCACCAACAUUGCAAAGCAGGCCGCGAAAUCCAAGGUCUCCAGCGCAGAUGCUAGCGAAGACGCCGGCGCCGAUCAAGGCAAAGGCACUAUCAAGGAUCGCAUUCUUUCCUUCGUCGAGCAGGUAGAGAGCCAGGAGGUGCUGGGUGAGGAGUGGGAAGUCGUUGGGUUCGUGGAGCCCGGAGCGUUCAAGGCCCUCGGGGAAUUCAUCGCCGCCGAGAUGAAAGGAAGAGGGAGGCUAGAAGUACUGGACAUGGCUGUCACGCAUACGGAUGAUUGA